AUGGAGAGACCUCGUUUUCGUGCCCCGACGGUCUAUCUCACUUCAUUCAGAGACGAAACAACUAACAGUCUGUUAGCAGAGUUGCAAGAAUCUCGAAAACAUUUUGCACGUGUGAGAGCCUUCAUCGGCGACAGAUGCAAGAGAUUCCGGCAGCCUCUUUCCAAGAAAGAACUUUAUCAUUUGUACAAACGUGUCAUCGUAGACGACAAUCACAAAGCUAUCUACUGUCCCGUCUGGAAGUCAGGUUCGACUUCUUGGAGAGCAGUCAUGCAUGUACUGAAAGGCUCGUUCGAGAGUAUCGAAGAUGCCGUCAAAUCAGUUCAUUUUCUCGAUGGACUGACAGUAUUGCAAUCGUACAAGAACAGAUCAGAAAUCGAAUACAAACUUAGAACAUACAAAAAGUUUAUGGCUUACAGAGAGCCAAUCAAUCGUUUCGCAGCAGACUAUUUGAUGUUGCGAAAGAGAAAGGAAGGUCACGACCGACAAAGUCGUCAAAUAGUAGAGUACGCUGACUCCGUGAGAGGACGUAGCGAUCCCAAACAUCCGUGGCAAAACAUGAGCAUCUGGGACUUUGCCACGUUUGUGUCUCGUUUCGGUAACGACACGACGAAAACAAUUAAUUUAAACUUUCAGUGGCGACCACAAGCUUUGGCGUGUUAUCCGUGUCACAUUAGCUACGAUUAUUAUAUUGAUAUGGAGAGUUCAACCGUUGACAGAGACAGUCGCUACCUCUUGAAAAUGAUAGGCGCACCGCAUUGGCUAAAGAUGCCUCACUUCAAUCCUACCACUAAAGACAAAACUCCGUAUUUAUCUCAACUUUCUGAGCCGUUAUUCAAUAGUCUUGUGUCCGUUUACUACAACGACUACGAGAUUUUUGGUUAUGAGAAACCAGAACUGAGUAGAAUGAAACCCUAA